CACAGGCUGCAGAGUCCCAGCCAACUCCCCUCCUCUCUGAAUUAGGCAGCAGCGCUUCUUUUAGCUCCUGUAAGUCUUCUGAGUUGCUGGGACUUCAUAAGCAUGUGAAAUUCACCGCAGCUCUCUUUCAGGAUAUUAACAAGGCCCUGCCUCCAUAAAUGCUAGACCCUGGAGGAAUCUCCCCGAGUCAUUCUGCAAAACAGCUUUGCACUUCUUUGUCACUAGAGGGGACUAUGGAUUGAAAUGGUGCAAUGCUCCGUGAGACAGUGUGGCGAGUUUGGAUCUGUUGGAUAUUGAUGAGUUUUGGGCCUCAAUGGGAAGUUCAGAGCGCAGGUGCACAUAGCUGCCACGAAGUUAAAACAGCGUUUCAACUGCGGCAGAUCGGCCCUUUGAAAUGGGUCCCAGAAACAGCCGCAACAGAUGCGGAGCUCCAAAUAUGCAAACACCAGGGUCCGACCUGCUGCACACGCAAAAUGGAGGAGAGCUACCACGCUGCUGCUCGCAGAGACACAAUGCAGAACAUUCUCUCCUACAGCCUUGAGCUGAAGUACCUCAUCAUUAGCCAUGCUGCAGCUGUCCAGGACACCUUCCAUUCCCUGCUGUCUUUCACCCUCAACCACACUCUCUCACUUCUUGACCUUGCCUACGAACCAAUCACCACCGAGGCCCGUCCCUUAGUCUCAGCUCUCUUCUCUGACCUCGCCCUCUUCCUGCGUGGCAACGAUGAUGUCUUUGUUGUCCGCUCCGUGCGCCGCUUUUUCGACGAGCUGUUCCCACUUGUUUAUCGACACCUUUUGAACCCAGGACUGGCAUCCUCCACCUGGUCAGCAGAGGGCACUGAAUGCCUCCGUGCCACACGACAAGACAUCAAUCCAUUCGGCCCACACCCACAAGCACUGGCACACGGGCUGGCACGAGUGUUAGGGGUCGGUCGAUCACUCAUGCAGGCACUAACGGUGGGCGUUGAGGUCCUGAAUGCCACCGAAACAGCAGCCAUGGCAAAAGAAUGUGGAAGGGCAAUAGUGAAGAUGCAGUUCUGCUCACAUUGCAAGGGCCUUACACUGAUCCAACCAUGCCAGGGGCUCUGCCUUAAUGUGAUGAGGGGUUGCCUGGCAGGACUGGCAGAGCUGCAAGGGCCAUGGAGUCACUAUAUAGCUCUCCUGGAGGGCACAAGUGCAGCACUGGCUGGAGGGCAUGAGUUGGAGCUAACUCUUCUGGGCAUUCGUGAGAGGAUCAAUGAUGCCAUCCUGAGUGCCAAGCUGAAUGGACCAGAUGUCAGCGACACUGUGGAAAAGGUGUGUGGUCCUCUCACUGAGUCUGCCUCGACCACUCAAGAAGCUCCAACACAACAGACUCCUCGAGGCUUGGACCGGAGUUCAAGUGUGGAGCCAGUGUCCUCCAUCCCGUCCUUGAGCCCUGCCGUACUGGACAAGUCUGAUGGUCAGGGAGACAGCCUUGUUACGCUGAAGAAAAGAUCAUUGCCUCUAAAACCUUCCAAGCAUGACAAGCCCAGAAGUCUAAAGAAGAUCUCUAAGGAGUUUGUGAGCUACAUCCAGCGGUACAAGUCGUUCUUUGCCAUGUUGCCAGAAGUGCUGUGUGACAGUGAAAUGGUGAAGGAAUACAGCUGCUGGAACGGGGAGGAUGUGGUGGAGAGUUACACAGGUUUUGUGGUGGGGAACGGCCUCCAGGCCCAAAGACAAAAUCCUGAGAUUAAGGUCAGAGGUCUGGACCCAGUUUUAGUCGAGGCCAAAGAGACACUGGAGAGAUUUAAUCAGGAUAUGUGGAUUGAAACAGGACUAGACGAUGGGCAGCAUGGGCUCUUGCACGUGGACAGCGGCAGUGGAACCGAAACCAGCGGCGAAUGCGAUGAUGAAGAUGGGUGUGAAGCUUCAGCGGAGGAUGAGGAGGAAAUAGGCCCUGUCGUCCCUUCCUUCACAUAUCGGCCUGUAAAACAAGGAUUACCCUUCAAUCUUUCGCCAGCGUUCAGAACACACUCCUCCCCACUCGUGUUCUCCCUGUCUCUCUUCUCCAUGCUGCUGUCUAUCCUGAACUCCACCUAAAGCCUCAAGCACACAAAGGAGGACUGAAGUAUGCACUUGCACUGGACUCUCGGAUGAUCCGACCCUCUCCAUCCUCCAUAGCUGUUCUUUACAACAACCCCUCCAGUUACCCACAAAGUGCCUUGUUUUUCAGUUAUUUUGUAACGAAUUGCAGUUAUAAGUAGAAUUUAAGCAAAUAGUAGACAAUUUAUAGACAACUCCAAAAUGAUUGGCACCUUUACAGGCAAAAUAAUUGUUUCAUUUUUUUGUGUUUAAAUCAUCACCCAACCAGGGUUGUAGAGGUUAUUAUUUAACCCAAUAUAGAAAGGUGCAGCCGAAUUCUCAAUUGUGAUUGGUCAGAUAAAUUUUUUAUAAGAGCUGCUCUGACAGCAGUGAAACUGCAAAUUACAGAUUUGAUAUUAAUUCUAAUAUGAUCGAUUCUAAUAUGUUAUCAUCUCAAAAGUAACAGCGUACACAAUACGGCAGACUGCACACCAUGAUGAACUGUAUCACAUAUAUGAGGAAUAAAAAAGCAGCUGAUACUGAAUUUUCUGUUAUGGGAAAAUCUCAACAUCAUUUGCUUUUUUUUUUACAUUUUAAAGCUGAUGUAAUUAGACGUGAUUCAUAUAAUAUAGUUCCAGGUGCCUUGUGUGCAAUCUAAACCGACUCAUUCUGAUAAUGCUUAAAAAAUAUAUAUAUAUAUAUAUAUAUAUAUAUAUAAAUGAGAUGAUUGUGCUAGAUAAUGUAUUUUAUGUUGAAUGUGUAAUGAUUUACGUAUGCAGCUGGCAUGGGCAGAGACUAAACCGAAAAAAAAGCGAACGCGUUCAACAUUGGGAUUAUAUAAGAAAAUCUUGUCAUGUUUAAAUGUCAUUUUUUUUGGCCAAACCGUUUCAAUUCGCUGCUAUUUGAAUUAAAACUCAACACGCCUCACGUCGCAGUAUAGUGUAAAGUCGUGUGGAAAGCUCUUUGUUGCAUCGUAUGUGUAUAAAGGCACGCGUGACCUUAAUGAAGUCUGCGUAAGGAAUGACAGCAAUGGCAAUAGUUCAGUUAAAUUUCUAUUUGUUAGUAGAGCACUGAGAUGUUAAAAUUAGGUAUCAUGCAAAUUAGCAUAGCAUGUUUGUGAAACAGAAAAAUACAGCAGUCUGGCUUGUACGUUGUGUGAUUUACCAAUAAAGAAUGAGACCUAAAAAUGGUAUUGAUAAACUAAUUGAAAAUGUAUGUAGGCAAAAUUUCAUAACAUUGUAAUUGUCUGCAACAUUUCUGUCCUUUUGUCUUAUGAAUAUUUGUUCUGUAAAUGUGUUUUAGCGACACUUCCUCGCAUGUUGGCUGAAGCGUGGCACCGAUGUGACAAAAAUGUGUUAUGAGGAGCUACUGUCGUGUGUAAAUCGGUCAAUAAAAUGUUAUCUGAUUUCAGAAUUA